GGCGAACGCCACUGUGAAACAGACGUGUUGAAACACCAUGGCUGACGAAGCGUUUGAAAACUUCGAUGAGGAUGCGCCUGUGGUGGCGGAACAGCCAGGCCAGGUGCUCGAGGAGGCUCCGGUCGUCAUGCAGUCGGAGCUGCCCGAGAUCAAGCUGUUUGGCCGAUGGACUAGCGACGAUAUCGAUAUUUCCGACAUUUCCGUAUCGGAUUAUAUUGCCGUGAAGGAGAAGCACGCCAAGUUUCUUCCCCAUUCGGCCGGCCGGUACGCUACCAAGCGCUUCCGCAAGGCCCAGUGCCCGAUCGUCGAGCGUCUCACCAACUCGCUGAUGAUGAAGGGUCGCAACAACGGCAAGAAGCUGAAGGCGGUCCGAAUCGUACGCCACGCGUUCGAAAUCAUGCAUCUGCUGACGGGCGAAAACCCGCUCCAGAUCGUGGUCCACGCAAUCAUCAACUCCGGACCUCGUGAAGACUCGACCCGUAUCGGUCGUGCCGGUACCGUCCGUCGUCAGGCCGUCGAUGUGUCGCCUCUGCGUCGCGUUAAUCAGGCCAUCUGGUUGCUGUGCACUGGUGCUCGUGAAGCAGCAUUCCGUAACAUUAAGACGAUUGCCGAAUGCUUGGCUGAUGAGUUGAUUAACGCCGCUAAGGGUUCAUCGAACUCGUACGCCAUCAAGAAGAAGGAUGAACUGGAGCGUGUUGCCAAGUCCAACCGAUAAGCAAAGACCGCUCAUUCGUCGCUUCUUCGCGCACAUGUCAUCUGCGCCGUAUCGGGGUUGUGUCCAGGUUUCCGGUUUUGCUUUCUUGUUUUUUCACUGUCUAUCCGUGGAAAUAGCCCUUAAAUAUCAGCCGAGUCGAGGUUGUGAUGGUGCAUCCUUGAAGUAAUACCACUUGAAAGAGAAAUACGGGAUUUUUGUUCGUAUUGUGUGACGCUGUCCUUGACACGGCGUUGCACACACACACACACACCAUAUAGAAUGUAUGGUGCCAAUAAAAAAAAACUGGAAAAAAAUAUUCACC